AUGACCAACCCACAAGAAAAUCCUGGAACUCCUCCACAACCCACUCCCUCUGAUUCAUCUACCCCUCCUCCACAUAGUACAUCUCCCAAACCCAGGCUGAGAAGGGUGAAAAUGCUUGGUCGGAAAACAAUAGGGUCUGGGGCUUUUAGGAAGAAAUUAAAUGAGAAAUUAAAGGCAAGCCAGACCCAAGACUCUGACUCCAACUCUGAUUCUGAGUCAUACAAAUCUGCUAGUGAGGGGGAAGGACCUAGGUCUUCUGACUCCGAAAAGGAUCAAGAAUCCCCUUCUAAGGUUGGGGCAAGCUAUGAUCCAAAGAAACAAAGAACUCCCACAAGAAAAGCCCAUAGUGUUCCUAAACACUCCAAGAAAAGAAAGGCAUCAUCCCCAACAACAAGAAGCAGAGUGAAGCAGAGUGAGAGGGAUCUUCAAAAGGCUCUAGCUGAGGGUAAAAAGAAAAAGCUGGCUAAGGAAAAGGGAAGGUUACAGAAUCCUCAGAGGUUGUAG